GCUCCGGCUAAGCUAGGGGUCCGUACCAACAGAUGUUCCGCCAAAAAACGCAGUAAAUACCCGCUUUUUUAUGAAAUGUAACGCAUUAAACGGCAACCGUGUAGUGAUUAGAGGAGGUAACCAGCGUGGCGGCAGCGAUUCUCACGAGCGGCGAUCAGUAUUUAGUAGCGCGUGUUUAUAUUUUAAGUUUACGUCGGCUAGCUCGCUAGCUAACUUGAGCUUGUUUUCCAGCUAACCAAAAGUGAAAGAGGAACCGGAGCUUCAUGGUUUUGCAAACCUGCGGAGUUUAUCUCGAGGUACCAACUCUAUUACAACACGUGAACAUGGUCGCUUCCCGGCUUUAGCAGCAGCUUGACCCUCGUCAUCAUGGACUCCUGAAGUCUUCGGGCUUCAGCGGCUCGUCCGGUCGCUCACGGUUGAUUUGGAGCGGAGGUCACUGUUCAGUUGCGACCUGUCUGACCUCCCAGCAGAGGGAGCGAGCAGAUGGGGAACAGUUGCUGUCACGCUGAGAGUCCCUGUGGCAGUGCGGAGGAAAGAAGCGUUUUGCUGAAAGAUGACUCGAAGGCCACGGCGCCCACUGGUGAAACAGCUGUAGUGGGCACCUGUGGUCCCGACGGAGAUGAUGACAUCAGGAAAAUGCCUGAUGAGGCCCACAUAAAGGUGGAGGAGGUGGUGCAGGUGAAGCAGAGUCCUGAGGUCACAGAGAUGGAGCCCAACAGCACUCAGGAGAACGGAGGCUUGCAGAAGGAGGUCAUCGACACGGCAACACCGUCUCCGAGCAAACGAUCCAAACUCAAAGAAAACUCUACCGGAGCACAAGGCAAAAACACGAAGGACCGUCCUGCAGACAGCGGACAAGCUGAACUUCUUCAAUGCACUUUAAACUCCCCGCAGACACACGCCACGGCUGAUUGGGAGGUUUUUACAGCAACAAAUGCGGCGCCAGAAGAAGAAAAUAAAGCCUCAGCGAGGGAGAAAAUCCCUGACAGCAGCUCAUUAACAGCUGAGGCAGUUUGCCCCGAAAACCACACUGAGACAAACACAACGAGAGAGGACAUUACACUGGACACCACUCGUGAUAAUGAUGAAGACACAAGCUGCAAAGUCACUGUUGCGAACGCUGCGGCCGAGCCGUUGAGGGAGUUUAACGAAAACGAUGAAGUGUUAUCUGUGCCAAACACUCGGCUCACUGCAGCGGCUUGUCAGGUGGCGUCCAUCUCUGCGGUCAGUCUGGAGAGGGACAAAGAGUCUCCGAGCCGUGCUGCGACAGAGGAUUCAGAGAAUGGGAGUCCUUCAUUGUGCAAGGAGGGCGGCCCUGAAGUCGAACAAAGCCGCGAGGUCUGUGAGUCUCUUCCUGGAUCAGACCCCACGGGACUCAACCACAGUGGUGAGGAACGAGACUCCGCCAGCUGUGUCAGGGAGCCAGAGACCGCAGCUCCGGCAGACGCCAGCGACAGCUCAAAGUCCGAUCAGGAUGCACAGCCAGAUCUUGAGCGUAAAACUGCGAGCUCGAAUGAGGUCACUUCCUUGGAGAACAUCAGACAGGAUGUUGGGGCGGAAAUGAUGCUAAAAGGACAGGACAAAGAUGAAGAUGUUCCCGAAGUGACGGAGGUCGAUGAGCGGAAGAAGGAGGUGGAAAACGCUCCCGCAGAGGUCGAGACUCACGCUGGGAAAGAUGCGGAAGUUCAGGAGGUAACCGGAGAAGAGGAGCAGCUGGCUGGGAGCAAAUCAGCUGAUGUAAAGGCUGAAGAGACACCAGCCACAGUGAAGGAAGAGUCUGCUGAAGACGGCCUUAGCAACAGUGAAGAAGAUCUGUACAGAGGAGCCGAGGAGCUGUCUGCGUCACAAACAAAUAAACCAGAAAUUACACAUUUAAAGGUGGAGGACAGAUGCAGUUUGUCCCCGGCCGUGGAUAUUCUGUCUUACAGCGAGAGAGAGUGGAAAGGGAAUACUGCCAAAAGUGCUCUCAUUAAAAAGGGUUAUAAGGAGAUGUCCCAGAGGUUUGGCAGCUUGAGGAGAGUGAGAGGGGACAACUACUGCGCCCUCAGAGCCACGCUGUUCCAGGUGCUGUCCCACAGCACCCAGCUGCCCGCAUGGCUGCAGGAGGAGGACGUUAAUAUGCUGCCGAAGCAACUGGAGGCCCAGGAGGGUUUGAUAAGUCAGUGGACAUUUCCUGGAGAGUGCCUGCAGGGAGACGGGACAGGAGAUGCCACCCUGCAGCUAAAAGGCUACAUGGAGCUUCUCCGUAAUAAGUGGCAGGCGGCGGUGGACUGCUCCUCCGCUGUGGAGCGGCAGCAGCUGUGCGAGCACGUGUUUCAGGGAGGAGAAGAGGAGCUGGGGCUGCUGGAGGCGAUCAAGCUGCUGAUGCUGGGCAGAGCGGUGGAGCUGCACGGCUGCAUGCAGAGCGGCGGAGACGUCCCGCUCUUCUGCUGGCUGCUGUUUGCUCGGGACUCGUCUGACUGCCCGCGCUCCUUCCUCUCCAACCACCUCAGCCACGUGGGCCUCAGCGCCGGGCUGGAGCAGGUGGAGAUGUUCCUGCUGGGCUACGCCUUGCAGUGCACCAUUCAAGUUUACAGACUGUACAAGGCUGACACAGAGGAGUUUGUCACCUACUACCCAGACGACCAUAAGGACGACUGGCCGUCUGUGUUCCUCGUCACAGAGGAUGAUCGCCACUACAAUGUGCCAGUUGUGGAAGUUGCAGAACUGCACAAGCAGGUCGAGUCGAGCUGAUUGCCGCUGCAGAUAAAAUCUCCUGCCAUACAAACAAAACACUCCUCAGGUCGAUCAAGAUGAACAGAUUUACGCCACUUAAAGGAAUAGCUCGACAUUUUUGCUUUCUUGUUGAGAGUUAGACGAGAAGGUCAAUACCGCACGUCUGUUAAGUCUUGUUUGUUUAAAGGUUCUGUACGGAAAUUUUGACAUUUAUUAUUAUUUUUUAUUCCCAAUGGCUGAACAGGUUUUAAUGUAACUUACGGGCGUACAAUACGUAUACGGACACAGAUGGAGCCUUCUGUCUGUACUCUGCGUUCAUAUCAUUUGAUUUUUUUCACGUUUUUUGAAAGCUUACAGAUACGGACGGUGUAGCGUAAUUCAAACGAGACGUGACUGUAGGAGAUGAGGAAAAAAUGUAAAUAUAGUUAAUUUGGCGCACUCAGCCGCUGACUCAUGCAGAAGAUCUUUGUACUUUCAUACUGUAGGAAUGAACACAGUAUCCAGGUUUUCUUAAUACAUCCAUGGCUGAAACAUGGUGCCAAAAACUGCAGUUCCUCUGAGCAUGUUUAUAGCCCGGUGCAAAAAAGACUUUUGCUUUCUAGAGUUAAUUACAACAUUCAAACUGCACUUGGGGCAAAUUUUUAUACAAAUCCCCUGUUUACAUUUUAUAGAUUUAAAGUUACACAUAUUUAAUAGACAUUUUGAGAGAUAGUUUCGGUGUCACCACAGUCUGUCAGCUUCACCCUCUCAUCCAAAUACGGUCACUUCCAUCCCAAAAAUAUCCAAGAAUCCAACAGCCAAAAUGCCAAACUCUGCUUUAAAACAGGAAUCCACAAUCAAAUGUGCGUCACCACAGUGGCUACAUCUAUUAUUUUUAUUUUAUGCUUCGGACAGAGCCAGGCGAGCUGCGUCCCUGUUACCAGUCUUUGUUUUAAACUACGCCAAACUGGUGACUUUAGAGUGGUAUCGAUCUUUAUAUCUAACUCACAACAAGAAAGCAACUAAUAUUUCCCAAAAUGUCGCUCUAUUCCGUUAAAAACAAAAACAAAAAAACAUGCUGAUUCGAGACCCUGUACAAGACGUGGUUUACACACUUUUGUACACACUGUACUGUAUACAGAGUUUUUCUAUUUGGGUAUGUGUACAUAUAUGUGCAUCUGAUAUUUUGGGAUCAUCUCAGUUAAAAUUAGUUUGCAGGGUGUCAUUUUGACUUUCAGGUGAGUGUGGGGAGAAAAAGAAAAGCCCAAAUCUUAUAAGAAACCUUUUGUACAUUUUUCUCUGUAAAAAGAAAAAGUGAAGCUGCCAACAUAAUCAGAUGGUUUGUGUUUACACUGGAAUUUGGGCACUUUGAUUUGUGUAUUAAUUUAUUGUUUUUCAGUGUGUCAAAAAAAAAAGUGUUUUAAAUUAAGUGAAGCGACUGAAUUUAGUCAAAUGAAGGGUGUGAUGAUUUAUCAGGUUCAACAACAGCUCACAGCUGAUCGGAGGACUUGGAUGGUCGCAGCCUCUGUGUCAGAGGCGUGAUUUUGUGACGGUCUGUGUGUGUGUGUGUGCGUGUGUGUCUGCAACUGUGAGUGUUUGUGUGUCAAACUCAAUGUGUAACAUGUUGCCUUUAACCAAGCUGUUCUGAGGGGGAAAAUGUGCCAAUGUUGCUGCAAAUACUGGCAACAGUCCCGACCACCAGCCACUGGAUUCAGUAGAAAACGCUCGCUUGGUCCUCCAUGUUGCCUUAGAAAUAAUGCACAAUAAGAAUGAAUGUUGGAUUUUAGUGAUUGAGAGGACAUUUUCUUGCCCUAAUUCCAGAGCAGGCGAAGGUGAUCUGUUGACAGUAAAACAUUGAUGAUGCAGGGAUGCUCUUUCUCUGUCAGAUCUUUUGGAUGGCGUUUAGAUAAAAAAACGAAAGUACAAUUUUUGUAAAAGUUGUUUCUUUAUGAUUGAGUUUAGCCUGUUACGGCCUAAUUUUAUGAGAACUAUAAACAUGAAUUUGAACCGAUGAAGUUUCAGAAGUAAGCUACAGAAAAUGACGCAUUACAAAUGUUUGGGGUGUCAGACUCCAUCUGUAAAACAUGGUUGAAUACAGCUGAUUUUCCUAUCCUCUAAA